AUGGGGACGUUUCCGGUAUAUCACGUUCCCGCGCACGGACCUCCAAGACAUUCGAACGAGCACGUUUUCCGAGCACUACUGUCCGAAAAGUCCAUGCUGUCCAUGCAACUGUUGUCCAGUUGUUCCAACCCCACAAAGUUCGGACAAUCUAUUCUCGUCGGGUUGAUAGCCACUAAGCCUAUCGGGGGAGGCAGAAUGCCCCCCUCUGCAACCGAGGUCUAUCACUCGCUCGUCUCCCAAAAACACGGCAUCCCGCUUUUCACGCCAGAACCCAACCAGAACCUCCCCAUCGAAUACCAGCAGGUCGGGGUCAGCAUCGGCGAUGUCGGCGUCUGGCGCGAUGGCUCGUUCGAAGUCCUCUUCAACGCUUGCUCGCCCGCAAAUCACUCCAUCAACCAGGAUAGCAAUACUGGGAACGGAGUUCCCAACGGGUUCGAACCAUUCGGGUUGGAGAGACGUUCAGUGUCCAAAAGAAUGUAUCAUUCGCCUGGGUCGAUUAUAACCACGGCGAGAGUAUGCGAAAUGUCGCUGGGAGUUGGAGCAUCGUCUGUUAUUCCACCAUGUAUUCCGACCAGUGCAGGAAGCAGCGUCAAGCUCAGUUUUCGCUCUUCAGUUGGCGCAGUGCUUGUUCUCCCCAACGGAGCCUCCAGAGAAGACCUUCUGCCGAUAUCACAUUUCCGCAAAUAUGUCCACGACCACGCUGAAUCAUGGUACGAGUUUGCAGAAAACUCAGGCUUCAUCCCAGCUGCCUCGGACCUUCUUUCCUCCAGAGCCAUCCAAACAACCCCUGCUAAUAGUAAUGCCCAAAGCGACACAUUGUUUGUUGUGACAGGCUGCGACAAGACCUCGGCUUGGGGCAUCACGACUGCAUGCGGUUUAAGCACAAGUGUGGGCUUCUCGUGGAAGCUCGCGCUGGUCGGGCUUGUCGAGGGCUCGCUGGAGCCAAAAUUUGAAUGGCAUCAUAUCACGUCGGCGACGGUCCGGACAUCGACUGACGUUGGUUCAGACCGCGAAAACCAAUGUGUGUUUGUACGUGGAUUCUUCAUCUCGAGACGGCCUAUUGGUGGACCAAGGUGGAAGAGUGUGGUAGGUCGACUAGUAAACGGCCGAUAUUGA